AUGCCCGCGGCACAGUCUAUCUACCACCACCGUCCCUCCCACCGUCCGCCCAGUAUCUGCAUACAGCAACUUACUAUGAUAAUCCAGCAUUUGGCAUUCCUCGAAUACGCAAACGCUCUCGCGUACAACAGGCCUGCAGUCAUUGUCGAGCCCGGAAGGAAAAAUGCGACGGAAAUCGGCCCGCUUGCGGCCACUGCACGAAAACCAACCAGAUCUGUAUCUACCAGAACUCAUAAAAAAUACGAAAAACCGAUGAUGAAUCGAAUCAAUCAGUUGGAAAAUUGUUUAAAAGAGCUCCUGUCCCGUGUGCUACAAGCUCAGGUUGAUAAUGGCCUCAAACUGAGCCAGCUGGUCAACGAUUUACUCCAAAAAGAGAAAGACUGCGUCCCCAAAGGGCCGCCGAAGCAGAUUCCCCAAUAUUUGACGGGAUCCUUCAAUGGAGAUGAAGAGUCAUCUAUCCCGGUGGGACAUACUACUGCCGCUCACAAAUUACUGCUAUGGCCCUCCACCAACAAGAUCCUCCAACCUAGAGAAUAUGAUGUAGAUUAUGUGAUGUGUUUGGAAAAGAAGCGCGGUCUCAUUCGCGUCUACGGACGUGGAGAAGGCGACGAAACGAGCGAGGGUCCGACCGUAUCAAUUAACCUGGACGCCGAUGUUGCGAAAAUGCAUGCCCCCUCCCCCAGCGGGCCAUGGGACGGGAUCAACCAGCCGCAGUCGAAGCUCCCGGACGUUGGACUGGACGAUGCCGGUCGGGUGAUAACCAACCCGAUUACGAUACGUCGCUACUAUGGGAAUUAUAUGGAGCAUUUGCAUAAGCUCCAUCCGUUCCUUGACCAGAAGGAUUUAGGGCAGAAAAUCGAACGGUUCAUCAGUACAUAUUGUCCCAGUGCGGGCCACAAGAUGCCCAGGGGCACUAAACGAAAUCACUCGUACGAUGCUCUCCCAGGUGCAGGAUGCGAAAUGGGAUCCCCUGCACCCGUCCAGGCAGGAUCCAAUAUUAUUGAAAAAUCUAUCGGCAACGCCAUUGUCUUACUCGUCUUGGCGCUGGGCAGUAUUUGCGAAGUUCGGGAUCGACCUGUACCCGGCCCCGUCUUGGAUUAUGUUGUGAACUUUCGACAGGAACAGAUCCCCGGGCAUUCGUCGUCUAGUAUGCUAGCUCCUGCAGGGUCAGACGCGAUUGUCGCCUCGCAAUCCAACAGCAUCCACUCGAACCGUUCAUCAUUCAAUCCCGCCUGGAUGGGAGACGGUCGGAAGAGCACAGUGGGUGACGAUCGGAAUCUACGAAACCUUGAUGUCAUUCCCGGCCUGGCGUUUUAUGCCUAUGCCACCGGUAUUCUUGGGUAUCUUCAAGGCGCGAAUGGUCUGUCCCAUGCACAGGCGUCAUUACUUGCGGGCCUCUACGCCGGCCAACUGGCCCAUCCUAUACAGAGCCACGGGUGGAUUUUCCAGGCUGCGCGGAUCUGCCAUGUCUUGGUUGAAUCUAAAGAGUAUCAGACGAUGCCCGACAAUGCUGAGAAGGACCUGUGUAGUUUUGCGUAUUGGACCUGUCUACAGUUAGAAAGUGACAUUCUAGCCGAACUGGACCUCGCCGCUAGUGAUAUCUCGCGAUUUGGGUCGCGCGUUUCUCUCCCGAAGGGCCACUUCACUCUCAGUCUUCCGAACGAGAUCUCCGCGCCUACCACGAUGAUGAUGUUUUUCUACUCGGCGCAGAUUCACCUCCGGAGGAUUCUCAACCGCGUCCAUACGGGUCUGUACAACGUUGAAAAGGAAGGCCAGGCCCGGUGGCCUCCCAAAGUGCUGGAAAUAUUAAACACAAACCUUGAGGAGUGGCGGAGUAGUCUCCCCGAAGUUAUGAAAUGGAAAGAUAGUGACCCUCCGUCGAAAGAUAUCAAUGUCGCCCGUAUGAGGGCUAAGUAUUACGGUGCCCGUUAUAUCAUCCACCGGCCCGUUCUGUAUCAUGCACUCCACUUCACAUGUCAAUCGAAUGCUCGGACAUCGUCAGUUGGCUGCCCUGCAGCCCUGGCCGCUGGCAGCGAAGCGUUCGGGCUGAAAUCGCAGCAGAUAUCCCCGUCAGUGGCCCACAGCCGAAGUGCUACCGCCAUGCCGCAGACCGCAGUUCCAGAUCAGUGGACGUACCGGGAGCUACCGAGGGAAAUGCGUCGCGCGUGCAGAGUAUGUGUCGAGUCCGCGAUUCAGAGCACGGAGGCUUUUGACGGCAUCGAAGGCCGACCGAUCGUGACCAACAUAUUUGGAACAGCGCAUGCUAGACAGUUUGGUAACAUGCUGGUUUUAUCGGCCACAUACAAUUCCCACUUGUCCGAGCUGGUUGACCGAAAUGACCUCGAGCGCCUUCUGCGGCGGACGAUCAAGUUCCUUCUACAGAGUCGUUAUAUAUCCCCCACUCUGCGAGCCGACGCGCGAAUCCUGACCGAGAUAUACACGGGUUUCUUCGGGGAGCCUGCAGGGAACAGCACGUCGCAUUUUGAUUAA